GUGUUGGGCUGCAGGCUGAUCAGAGUCGAUGAGAUGCUGGUGUGAGGGGUGACACUGGUUUGGUCUCCUCCCUGAGGCCCAGGGAGCCAGGAUGCAGGGGGCCAUAACACGGGUGUUUGUGGUGGUGGCAGCGGCCAUCUUGAACCAUCCGCUGCUGUUCCCGCAGGAGAACACCACCCUCCCAGAGCAGGAUGAGGCCCUGCUGGCCCGCAUGAGGGAGCAUGAGAAGAGGCUGGAGCUGGAGCAGGCGCGGCUGGAGCUGGAGAUCUUGAAUGCAGACACUGAGCAGCAGGACCCUGGCUUGGAGGACGGCUACAGCUGGUACUUCUGGAGCGCCCUCUCACUGGUCAUCUUCUUCACUAUUGAGGUGUGUCGGCAGGAUUUGGCAGACAUGGAAGCCCGAUACGCUGAUGAUGAGGAUGGGUUUGUUGAGGGUGGAUCCAUGAGUUCCAAGACACUCAUGCUCGAUAAGGGAGUCCUAAACAGCUUCUGUGAGAGAUGCAUCCACACCUCGGCCCAUGAGAACUGGAGGGUGCGGGAAUUUGUGGAGGGCUUCGCUGAUGACCUGCUGGAGUCCCUGAGGAGUGUGUGUGACAGGGAGACUGACAUGGAGGUGGGGGACUUUGUGGGCGUUGGGAGCAUGUUUGAGUCGUGGAGGGUGAGCAAGCCCCUGAUGUGUGAUCUCAUUGUCCCUUUUGCCCCACCGGAGCCAUACUCCUUCCAGUUCCAGCUGUGGUGCAGCCCCUCCAGUGACGUGCCCCUGGACAUACAGGGCUGUGGCAGGAUCAAGGUGACGAAGGUCGGGGAGAAUGAGGACGGCUGUCUCUGUGGCUCUGCCAACCUGGGUGAGGACAUGCUGUGCUUGCUGCACAGCAAACAUGAGAAGCCCAGAGCAGACCACACCCCGGAUGACCUUCUGUGCUCCAAGAACACACCUUAUCUGGCCAAGGACCAGGUCAUGAAGUGGUUCCAGAUCUCUGUGACCAAAGCCUGGGGACGGAUUUCUCACAAGUACGAGUUUGAGCUCACUUUCCGCAACCUGGAUGCUGCUGGAGCACUGAAGGUCCGAUUCCGCUCAGGAAAGGUCGUUGUGAUGAACAUCAUCCCUGUCGUGCAGCUAGAGGACACAUAUGCCUACUUUGUGUCACACUUCCCUUCUGACAGCAGCACCUCCUCAGACACUUACUGGCCCCUCUCCUUCGCUGUCUAUGAGAGGAACCUGCUCAAACAUGUGGCUAAAAGCCUGCCUGAAAAUUCCUGCCACCUCCACUGCCUUCAGAUCAUCACUUUCCUACACAAGAAACAAAUGGGUCUAACUGGCAGUUGUGCUCUGACCAACUACCACCUGAAGACGACCCUGCUGCACCUGUUGUUGGGUAAGGGGUCAUCUAGCUGGGGCUCUGAGAAUCUGGAGCACAGGCUACGAGACAUGCUAGGCUUCCUUCACAGGAGUCUUCAGGAGAAGAGACUCUGUCAUGCUCUGGUCGGGAACAGCCAAGUUCCACCAGAAGUCCGGGUUCCGGCAACAUUCCACACGGCGGAGCCCAUCAAUCUUUUCCGGCCACUGGUGUUACAGAGAGAGCUUUACGCUGACACGCUUCGGCAUUUCCAGGAGAUGCUCAGGAAUGCUCCUGUUCUGAUUCAGGAGUACACGCCUCUGUUACAAAAUGGCGACACUCACCACGGACUCAACUCAAUGGCACAGUCUGAGUAA